UUCUCCUUCAAAAGCUCAAAGCUCAGAAAUGGUCAUCCGAGUCCGCCCGCUCGGCGCCGGCCAGGAUGUCGGCCGCAGCUGCCUGCUCGUCUCUAUCGGCGGCAAGAACAUCAUGUUUGACUGCGGCAUGCACAUGGGCUACAACGACGCGCGCCGAUUCCCCGACUUUGCCUCGAUCAAGCGAACCGGUCCAUACACGGAUGUGAUUGACUGCGUGAUUGUCAGUCACUUCCAUCUGGAUCACUGUGGCGCCAUCGUGCACUUUAGCGAAGUCUGCGGAUACGAUGGACCCAUCUACAUGACCCAUCCGACGAAAGCCAUCUGUCCAAUCCUGCUUGAAGACUAUCGAAAGCUGACGGUCGAACGCAAGGGCGAAACCAAUUUCUUUACAUCUGCAAACAUCAAGGCCUGCAUGAAGAAGGUGAUUGCAGUCAACCUGCACGAAAGCGUUCGCGUGGACGAUGAGAUUGAAAUCAAGGCAUACUAUGCUGGCCACGUCCUCGGUGCUGCCAUGUUCCACGUUCGGGUGGGCUCUGAAUCAGUCGUGUACACUGGAGAUUUCAACAUGACACCCGAUCGCCACCUCGGAGCAGCCUGGAUUGAUCGGUGUCGGCCCGAUUUGUUAAUCACCGAAUCCACCUAUGCCACAACCAUUCGAGACUCGAAACGCAAUCGCGAAGGGGAGUUUCUAAGAAAGAUCCACGAGUGCGUCGAGCAAGGCGGAAAGGUUCUCAUUCCAGUGUUUGCUCUGGGCCGUGCCCAAGAGUUGUGCAUCUUGGUCGAGACAUACUGGGAGCGCCUGGGUCUGACCGUCCCCGUUUACUUUAGCGCCGGCCUGACCGCCAAAGCCAACAACUACUACAAGCUGUUCAUCACGUGGACCAACCAAAAGAUCAAGCGCACGUUUGUCGAGCGCAACAUGUUUGAGUUUAAACACAUCAAGCCUUUCGACCGCGCCUUCUUGGACAAUCCAGGGCCGAUGGUCUUGUUUGCCACUCCGGGCAUGUUGCAUGCCGGCAUGUCCCUUGACGCCUUCCGCAAGUGGGCACCCAACGACAAGAACAUGGUGAUUCUUCCAGGCUACUGCGUGGCAGGCACUGUCGGCAACAAGGUUCUCGCUGGUCACAAGCAAAUCGAGAUGCCCGACCGCGCUCGCACCGUCAUUGAUGUCCGAUUGUCGGUGCAAAACCUCUCAUUCAGUGCGCACGCUGACGCGAAGGGCAUUGUGCAGCUCAUUCGACACGCCGAGCCGCGAAAUGUCAUGUUGGUGCAUGGAGAAAAGGCCAAAAUGGCCUUCCUAAAAGCCAAGAUCAUCUCUGAGAUUGGUAUUCCCUGCUUUGAUCCGGCAAACGGGGCGACAGUCACCAUAGAGACCGCCCAUCCCAUCAGUGUGAGCGUCCCGCCAAACUAUGUCCUCGACAGCGUUCUAGAUGCGACACGGCAACGCCGCAAUGCAGCGGAGAUGGGACUGCCCGACGAAGCAGCAUCUGCAUCACUGACGCCGCAGCAAGCACUCCGGCGAGAUGCCGAGCGGGACGCUUCCGAGUUGCUAGAGGAGCUUUAUCGCUCCAAACGAGUUCGCUCUGUUCCAGGGCUGCCAAUUCAAUCAACUACGGUUCGCGGUGUGCUGGUCAUGAAGGAGAAUGAGCCGUUGCGGUUGGUGCAUGCAAGCGACGUUACGUCUCACGACAACACCGCCACCAGCGACGAGGUCGAGUUUCAUCACAGCAUUGCGCUGCUGUUUGUUAGCCAGAUGCCGUUCGCAGCGAUUGUCGAGUCACUCCGGGGAAGCCUGCAGGCUCUGGACAGUGCCAUUCUCGAGACAUCGCCCGCGAAUGACACCGAAAAGCUCUCCUGGCUUGUAUCCAAUGCCAUCAGAGUCUCUCUGAACGAGCAUGACGUUGAAGUUUCGUGGACUGCAAAGCAUCAUACCUUGGGGGAGCGGGUCGCUCAUAUUUUAGCCGAUGCGUUGGAUGAGAUGGCUGUCGAAUGUGCCCAAAUGUCGUCCUCGUAAAAUCUGUAAAAUCUGAAUUCUGAAUUUUAUUGCGCAGUCGAAUAGCCCUCAAACUCUGCGCUCAAAC